AGGAAUCUUCUAGAUAGCAAUAGCUACAAAUGAUCAGGCGUCUCCAUCAAGCUAAUUUUAAAGCUCUCAUCUUCAUAUCACUCUAAUAUGAAUGACAGUAAGUAAUGGUGAGAGAUUUUGCUCAUUUUGCAUACAUUUUGCCUCCUUUUCUCCUUUCGGAAAUCCCUUUACGCUAUGACUUCCUUGAACUAACAUGUCUGGAUGCCAUGAUUCUUUAAAUGCCGUAAGCUGGUAAACCCAUUUUUUUAAUCCUGCAAACGGAGGUUUAAUUCGUUUGGAAUUAGGAUUGACAACGCCACGCUUAAUGUGCUGGGUUUUUCAACAAAUUUAGUACAAAUUUUUACUUUUUCACGUGGCAUCGUGGCAUGAUGACAUCAAAAAUAUGAAAAUAUAACUAUUUUAUACUUGAAAACUAUCAGAAAAGACAUAUAUUCUAUACAUGUUUGUUGAUUGUAUUCAAAACAAUUAUCGUAUUAUUAAAUUGCAAGAAAAAAAAAUCCAAUGGAAUUCAAAACAAGAUGCACAAAUUACAAAUGACCAGGCGUCUCCAUCCAGUUUAUUCUUUUGACGUAGCCAAUUUGUAAUCAAUUUACCAAUUGUGGUAGCUAGUUACCAAUAUAACCCCGCAAUAAAUGAUAAGUCAGCAAACGAAACCGAAUGGAUGGGAAAGUUCAACAAAUGAAUCAUGAAUCAUGACAGCUAAACCCGUACGUAUCCGGCACUCGAAACACCUUAACCUUCGCUGUUCCCAUCGCACACAUUUUCCUCCUCGUCCAUCCAACCUGCUGAGCCUUGGUGUAGUAAGGUUUCAUUGUCACCAAUACAGAGUCACCGAAAGGGCACAUAAAAAAAACCCAAAAAAAAACUCUCCCCACAAACACGACACUAUCACAUUACACGCGCACAAGCACAACGCAACGGAAGCAAAACAACACAGCACCGUAUCAAACGCCCGCCAAAAUCAAUCCCUUCCUGGAAGCGUGCUUUGCGCAUUUUGUGGUGUGCCGCUCUACAGUGCGCGAGGUUCAUCUCGCCCAAUAAUGUUUCCAGCCCAGUCCGUUCAUUGCGGGUUGUAUCCGGAGCAGUUUGAAGAAAACCAUUGUUUCGGACUACCGUGUUCCGAUCAUCAAUUACUCGGCGUGAAUGAGAGAGCGUGCAAGAGAAAAGAGGAGAGAGAGUGUGUAAGUUGUAGUAGUAUUUGGAGCGUCGUUCUGCAGAGCAAAGAAAUCGCACCAGAGAUCCAGUUGCGUGUGUGUGCGUGUCCGUGUUGUUAAGGAGGAAAAGCUUCUCCCGAGAGCAAAACAUUACAGAGAGUGGAAAAUCUGGCGCAUAUGUGUUGGGUGGUCGGUUCGCUGGGCAGCUUGCUUGUAUAUUAGACACCUUCCAGUCGGUGGCGUCGCUCAGAAUCGGAUGAACACUGGCGCUGGCAGGACGACGGCCCGUGUGUCCGGUCCCCAUAACGUGCGCGGUGGUCGUGAAACGUGGCUCACGGGAGAAGAAAGGUAGGGAAGGAAAUCGUAAAAGGCAACAAAGGAAAAUCCACAGACAAACAGAGGCGAACAGAAAAACAAAACAACAACACACAGUAUCGCUCUUCCUGUAUUGAGCACGGAACGCAAACCCGUUGGUGGACGGAUAAGUAGGCAGUGGCAAGUCGUUGUGGGUUGUUGGUUUGGUGAAACAGUCCCCCGUGGGGUGGUAGUAGUGAUAUUGUUACAUAAAAAAGUAACUCGAAGCAAUAACAGCAAUGCUCCCAACGUCCGUCAGGUCGUGGUCGAGGCCAGGCACAGUGCUCAGCGCCAAAAGCCUUGUGCGUGUGUGUGUCGGGGAGUGUUGUGUGUGAGUGAGUAGCGGGGUGAUGUUUUUCCCAGGAUUUUACGCGCUAAAAAACCCACACGGUUCUGCUUUAGUGGAUUGAAAUAAAUGCCCAACAUCAUCACCCGUGAGUUCUAGACGAAGAAAAAUUGCGAAACGUAAGCAGCUGUGGUUGAGCGGCGAAGUUGGCCAUGAUUGUUCUGAUGUGAUUUCACUGGUGCUGAGAUGACGCUUUUGAAGGUGUUUCUGCACUCUACGUAGUGUGGUUUUCCAACCAAACAAGGCGGAAGAGAUUGCUCCCGUUAGUACGGUUAAUCAGAAAAAACGGGGUGCGUGAGCAAAAGAUCCCGAUUGUGUGUGUUAUCCUGAGAUGAUUCUGUUUUUGUGCAAUAAAAAGCACCCACAGGCUUUUCUUAAAGCGCUUCCACGGUGGGAAAAAUCGACCGAGCGAGCGAGCAAGUGAGUGAGUGAAACACGCAACACGAGAGAGAGAGAGAGCGAGCGAACGAGCAUAGAUUGGGCAUAGAGCACCGUGGUGAACCAGCAGCAGCAGCAGCAGCAGCAGCAGCAGAACCAGGGCCUUCGCUAGGUGUACUACAAAGCACCCACCCCCACCUUCGUACCGACCCACCCACCAGUGUGUAAUCCUUCCCCAGCCGUAAGGCACCAUCCCGUGGCACAUCUUUGCGGACGCGGUCGACUCCGAUUUGUCGAAUCUUCCCGGUGGAGGUCGCACAAAAGUCGUCCUCGUCGACGUCGCGUCGACGUGUUGAAUUGAGAGUGUGCGUACACGACCAAACCGCGAGCGCGCGCCCGUGUGCAUGUGUGUGUGUGUGUUUCCGUUUCGUGACAAGUGUUUUUGGCAGCCCUUUUCCUUGUGCUGGUCGUUCGCUUUAAAGUGAAACCAUUCAUGUGAAACCACACAGCUUUCGUUGCCGCAGCAGUAGAAUGUACCGUGGCAGGAGUGGCGUUGACCGUGAACCCCGUCGGUUGAUGAGAAGUGAUCGGAAAAGUGACAAUUCGUUAGUGAAGGUAAGCUGUCAUCGGAAAGCUACCGAUGCGAUGUGAACAGGUCAAUCAGUGGCGUGAGAAGCAUCGGAAGUGGGAAAAAGAAAACAAACGGAUCGAGUGAAACAAAUAAAGCCAUUACCGUGUGAGCGUGAGCAGUGAACAGAUAGAGCGGGUGAGAUGAAUCACUCACUCGGAGAAGAGCUGGGGAAUGUCACGAUACAAAAAUCUGGCGAAAGUGUUGAAAGCUUAAAAAAGUGAUACAAAUUUAACCCCGAAGCAAAAAGGAGCUAAAUAACAAGCAGCUUCAAAUAUUCCCUUCAACAAAAGUGAAAGAUGAAGUUUUGCUGUAAAGUUCGUAACAAAAAGAAAAGACGUGACGGAUGCUUCUAUCUUCACUUUACCUAUCUCACUGUUCGCUAACUCUUCCGUGGUGUUUUCUGUGGAGUGAUAUCAGCGGUGUGUUACUAUCAGUUACUAUAGUGUAAGAGCAAGAUGUAUUUUAAAACAGAAAAGCGUUUACCGUACUGUCUUAUACGCCAGCCGAAUUGAGCCGAGGGCCCUUUUUUAGACGCCAGCGGAAGAAUGCGAGAAACUGUCGUACUGUAGCGAAAUCAAAAGCCCUGCAGCAUCCUGGGCUAGUUAAACGAAGGUGGUGAAACCUUCAACGAUACAUAUCAUGUCGAGAAGUCUGAGAAUGAAGUGAACGGAGUCUUUAACCCUGCAACAUCAUCAUAACAAUGCAUAUCAGCAAUUGCCUCGUGUAGUAGUGUACCAGUGCUGCACACUUUUAUUAUCGGUAGUGAGCAACGGUUCGGUUCGUUUUUUUGAUAAGCAGUAGUGUUCCGAAAGCUUUACAAAUACUAGUAUAAAUGCAGCACAACGUUCGGGAACAAAGCGCAAUGCUUGCAAUGUUUCCAAUGUGCCGAUCGCAUACAUAUCAAUUAGUGAACGAAACGUGAUGCCCGUGUGAGAAACGAGAUUUUUACGAGUGUAGUUUCCUGUCUGACUGUGUGUAUUACAACGCGCGACGUGAAAGGUGUGAAUGUGCAUUUUAUCAAUACGUGCUGAGGAGAAGAAACAAAAAAAAACGAAACACGGUUUAGCAUCCCCACCAAACACCGAGCGAAGAACAAUUUUGAACGGUUUUCCGGUUGUCUUGCAUCCAAAAACGGGGGUGUCCGAGACUCGAAGCUCGAGGCUUCGAUGCUGCACCCCAUGCACAACUGCAGCAGAUGGCACUGUCGGAAACGGAAAUAAUAGAAGAUCGAUUUUGCUGUCACCGGCUAGCCCGGCUGCCGUCACCGUUCGCGCACCGGUCGCACCAUCACCGAUGCCCACGAAACGACGCGGUGAUCAAUUGAGGGAUUGUUCUGUUACAUUACCAUUGGAUAUUCUAUGGUUACCCAAAGCGGCUAUGAGGCCCUUCGGGCCAGAUCCUUCACACUCAGAUUGCGUCCUCGUGGUAGGCGUAUCGAGGCCUAAACUGGCAGCGCUCUUUCUAUCGGUGAUGCUGCUAUCGCUCUUUCUAACGUUCCACAUCCUGUACGAUAGUGCGGUGUACAGCAUACAGGCGGCAACCGCAAUUUCGGAGAAUAAAAUUGCCAUACUGACAAAUCACAUACCCAAUCCACCGGUUAUCAAUCAGCCUGUCGUGUUUCCGAACCGAAUACACUUUCCCAAAACUAGCCGUAGGUUACCACAAUGUUUAAUAAUAGGAGUGAGAAAAUGUGGCACACGCGCCCUGCUCGAGAUGCUGUACUUGCAUCCAAGGAUACAGAAGGCCGCCGGCGAGGUGCAUUUUUUCGAUCGCGACGAAAACUACCUGAGGGGGCUCGAGUGGUACCGGAAGAAGAUGCCACACUCUUUCCGUGGCCAGAUAACGAUCGAGAAGAGCCCCAGCUAUUUCGUGACACCAGAGGUUCCGGAACGAGUCCGAGCGAUGAAUGCGUCCAUCAAGCUGCUUCUAAUUGUAAGGGAACCCGUAACGAGAGCAAUAUCCGAUUACACACAGCUUCGAAGUCACGCGGCAACGGCAACACUACCCCAGCAGCAGAGUCUCUCGUCAACUUCUCCUCUGUCGAGGUCGUUUGAGGAGUUGGCCAUCCUGCCGAACGGAACGGUUAACGAGGCGUACCGACCGUUGGCCAUCUCGCAGUAUCACGUGCACGUGCACCGCUGGUUGGAGGUGUUCCCCCGCGAGCAAUUACUGGUCGUCAACGGUGACCAGCUUAUCGACGAUCCGGUUUCGCAGCUGCGCCGAAUUGAGGAUUUUUUAGGCAUCGAGCCACGGAUCGGUAGCAAUAACUUCUACUUCAACGAAACGAAAGGCUUCUACUGUCUGCGGAACGAGACGGGCGACAAGUGUCUGCGGGAGACGAAGGGCCGGAAACACCCACGCGUCGAUCCGGUCGUGAUAUCGAAGUUGCGUAAGUUCUUCGUCGAACACAAUCAAAAAUUCUACGAACUCGUCGGCGAAGAUCUCGGUUGGCCGGAAGAGUAGAACGGUGGGAGCUGUGCUGCAGCCAGAUUGCAACAUCACCCAUCAUCAUCCCCUAUUUUGAGCGGAUGCGAGCCGGGGGAAAACAAUCCGGGGAAGGCUGCAGGCAAAACCACCAUCGACAAUGUGCAUACCCACACAAACAAACACACACACACACAGACAGCUAUACAAACACAACUAACCAAGUGAGACUGAUUGGAACGGAAGCGAAAAGUAUAGUAGGGUGCCGAAGGAAACAAAAACAAAAUGGAAGCAAAAGGCAAUACGGCGGCCCAAGGUGAGUAUAGCUAUUGCCGGGGAAGCGUUAAAAACUUUGCGGCCAAUUUACUUCACGUGUGUAGCUAUUGCGAAACCUGAACCCGCGAAAGCGGAAGCAGAGCGCACCGCGGAUUCCAACUCAGUGUUGGUCGGCCAUUUCGUUAUUUGUUUCGCUUUGCUCGGUUUGAUAGGUUUAUUAGCGCGUUGUUCCGCAAAGUACGGCAAUGUGCACGUAUGGAAAAAAACAUAUAUAUAUUAGAUAGGAAUCAAUUAAAAUCGCUUACGGUGCAAGCUGUGUGCUAUGACGCGCAGGAGUUUAUGAGACGGGAAGAAUCUUCAAUUUAAAUUAAGCUUAUAAUUUGGUACACUCAUUUAGUUCGUCAUUUCAUUAAAAAGCUCUCAAACAUCAAAUGUACUGAGAGCUUUUGAAAAGCUUUUAAAGCUAUUAAGGAAAACGGUUUCUUUUAUCCUCCGCUACACUAACAUUAUUCUCAACAAAUAUUAAUCGUUAUUCACCGAUACUUACAUCUGUAAACCAUUCUAGUGUCAAUGAUGUAUUAUUCAAGCCUCUCUCUCUCUUUCUCUCCUUUUGUUUCUGCACCUCAUAAAGAAAAUUUAUUUUUAUAUCGGAUGCAAUGAGCUGGGUCUCGUUCGUUUCGCUAGGAUAAACAUGUUAUUUCCAAAUCAUGUAAAGAUCACCGUCAACAGAACUGUUUGCUGACCAACAAUCCUUUGCAGCCCUUUGGAGUCGAGGCUGUUGGUUUCUGUACAUCAUAAGGUUACUGUCCGUGUGGGUAAGGUCAGCGUGUUGGGCUCCCCGUUUUCUGGACUAUAAAUAUUCUUCCCGAUUACAUCCACCAUCCCACCGUCGGGUUAACCGCCACACCGAACCUCACCACCGUCCACCGUCGGAGGGUUGUGCAGAAAUGUGAAGAAAUAUUUCAUGAGUCCCAAUUUCAUCCCGCUUUCUCGCCGAAACCUUCUGCACGGCAGCAUGAUGCGGCACGAUUCGGUGCCGGCGUAUGUAACCGUCUGGCGGACCACUUGUUCCACUCCAUUUCCGGCCGAUUCCUGUGCUUGCUCCGGUUGCAGCUGCUGGCCAGUUGCUGGCUAGCUACAUUUAAGUUGAAAAUAAUCGGUCGUUCGCCGGGACAAAUUGAGCUGAAAUGUGCUCGACCUCACAUGCUUGCACAGGCAUCCGCCUGCUCUCGGCUGGAUCCGUCGUGGUGAGAUGCAUCUUAGCACAUACACACACAUCCGAACGCUGGAACACCCGUGUGAACCGCGACAUGUGCUGCCCUGGAAACGUGCUCGCACAAGAUGUCUGAGCUUUCCCGUUGCGAGCGAUUCUGUUCGCUUGUGAGCGAAGGCGGGAUGGGUCAAAACCCCGUUCCAGAAUAGGCGAUUUCGGUUGGGAUUGGGAGGAAAAUGGAGCAUUGGGCGAAUCCGAAAAUCCGAGUUCAUUGCAAAGUCCAUUCGAUGGGGAUGGAACGCACACACACACACACUCAGGGGCGUUUACUAUGCAUUGGUAUGCAUCGUUGGGGUAGAAAUCCCUCAGAUUGCUUGCUCGGUAUGAAUUGGUAAAGGAUUAAGUUUUUCCCACCCCCGAAAAAAAUCAUCGAGGUCACACGUGUAUGAGCGUAAAAGUACGUGACUUUUCACCGCGUACCAGCGAGCGCCCGACGGCGCAGACAGCUUCGAGAAGAGGAUGUUGUGGCGGUAAACAAACGGAAAAUGCUCGUACGUUCACUUUUUGCUCUAGCUCUGGGGGAGGGUAAACCUGAUGAUGGAAUGUGCUUCAUCGUACGGGCUGUGGUUGGCUUGGGUUUUUUUUUUUUUGUUCGCCUUCGUACAUCAGAACUCACCCCACACGGUGAGCUGAUGAUAAGAGCGAAAAGGGUGUGAAAAGAGAUAGCAAAAAAAGGCCGUUAGAAUCAAGAAGAAUAUGCCCAGGCUCAGCCGAAAAAACAAACCACCGGUUCCGAUUUGGAUGCGGAGGCCAUUCUGAUCUCGGGGGAAAAUAGGAAAAACGGUCCACAAUGAAAUCGAAAAACGCACACCAAUUUUUGGUGACUUUUCGAUUUGCGGCCAAUCGAGAACACGUGUGUAUGUGUGUGGAACAACCAACAGGAGAAAGCUUCUGGGAGCGAAAAAAUGGAACUGUUCGCUACACGAGCCACACAUACAUCUGUACUAUUAGCAAACAUGGUUUCCACUUGAUGAUUGACAUUUUGAGACGAGCAACAGCAGCGAAAAAAAAGAACAUGCGAUGCGUCGUUGAUCGGAUCCAUGCACACCGUGCAUCAGACACUUCUAGAUGCGCAAAUUUCUCAUCGGAUAAGCAAGAUUUGAGCGCCGUGUCAAUUUUUGCGUACUUUUUUUCCCUUGCUUAAAUUAAUCCGCACCGGGGUACCGAGCACCAGGCGUCUCCAUCGGAACAGAGACGAAACUGUCUGCCGGGGAGGCCGGGAGCUAGAUGCCGAAAAACGAAAAACUGCUGAGUAAUCCUAUUUUCCAGCCCGAAGUAUUUCGGUGCAUUCGGUCAGUGGAGCAUACGGAACGGGCACAGCUGCCGGUCGGCUGCGAGGUAUGGGAUUAAUGAAACCUACCAGGCGUCUCCAUCGUCCGAUUGAAUGUGGAAGGAUAGACACGGAGAGAGCGUUGGGCGCGAAAGCCAAUUCGUUAGCAUUGUUGACAAAUUUUUGCAUCUGACAGCAGUGCAACAUGAGGUUUGGGGGAUUAUUCUUGCUUUUCCUUUUGUGUUGCAUUUUCAUAGGCGGGCGAGUAGCAGAAAAAAGGCAGGGCCUAAGUUGGGUUUGCGUUUAAUCGAUGUACGGUGCGAUAAAAAGUUCUAGUAUUAAAAUGUUAUUAGAAGUUGUAUGUUGUAGAAAGGUGAAGUUCACUGAAAAAAUCACUAAUUUCUAAAUGAUAUGCCUUCCUUUCCAAUAAAAUCAAGAAAACGAGUAGCAUAAAGGGCGAAGCUGAAGCAUGUUCCCACCAACCAGCAUGAAUAGAGUCUUGAAACGAAGGUACAAUAACAAAUUCCUGCUUCCACUACAAUCAAUAUUCCACGAAAAACACCUUCAGAUCGCGGUCGUGAGUAGCCUUAUCGUCCGCCGCUUCCGACACCGCUGAAACGUGUACGUGCAUAAUAAUCUUCAAUUCCUGGUUUUGUGCUUCAGUCUUCACUCACCGGCAGUCCACCGGACCGGGUAAUGAAAAAUCCAUUACAGCGAACGAAGUUACCCGGUCGCCGGUUGGUGGUGCCCGCGAGCUGAAGCUCUUGAAUUUACAUCCUCGAAAAGGUCAUUUGAGUUGUGUCCUCCAACCCGUCCCGAAAACCCGCGGGUGGGUGGCCUUCAAGCACUUCGGGCAGCAGAGGUUGCAGAGCAAUCGCGUGCACCGUGUUGCGAUAAGUUGACCGUCAGUCGUGGGUCGACGUUCAACCCUUGGUAUCGCGGCGCGAUACCUUCUGGCUUUAUUCCGGGAAGUGAUUGAAAUCGGAACAAAAAUUGUUGCAUCACGCCAGCCACCACCAACGGCACCGGAUGGGCCCAGGGAAAGUUCGCUUCCGUAUCUUCGCUUGAACAUUUAAAUUGCAGUUCGCGAAGAAACGAUAACACACCGAAACCUUCGUUCCGGGAAGAAGUUCUCACCGACGGUUGCAUCAACCUGUCUUUCUCGCGUGUUUUUCUUUUAGCUGCUACUCCGAUAAGAUUCACUCGCAAAGGGUCAUUUUUAUCGUCUGCCAAAAAUGCUCCAAACAAUCAAGUCAAGUUGGCCAAGUGAGGGCCCGAACAAGAAAGAAAGAGCGCACAAGAAGAAAAAAAAAACCUCCCACACUACUACAACACGGAUAGGUAGCACUUCAGAAAGUCACUCUUACCGAACUUUUGGCCCAGGCUCUUUGUCAAAUGUUCUGGCCGGUAUCCUUCUCUGCUGCCCGGUCACCACUUCACACGGGAAAUCUUUCUGCCCGUUCUGGGGUUCACCCCGAGCACGUACCGGUGUAACCGAGUGGCUGUGUGUAUGUAUAUGCCACACACCAACGCACACACCCGAAAGCCCCAUCCAUCCGGGCCCGGAAUUCACUGAACGCGACAAGAAAGGAGAACAAAAAGAUAGCCCAAGGUUUGGCUAACGGGAAAAGUUUCCUGUUUUGGAAAUCAAAUAAUUAGAACCAUUUGCAUAAUGUGCCCCAAUGGGGUAGCGCGGGUCUAGUGGUCGGGGAAAGCGGCCCAUGCUGAUGGAGUGACGCUUCAAAUACCGUCACCAAAUCUACAGCUCUGUAUGGGGAGGGGGGAGGGGGGGUUGGUCGAGUAGGGGGAGAUGGGUUUUCGACAUCGAUCGGAUCGCAGCUUGUGUUGCUUUCGGCUCUUGUCCGUCGAGUGGUUGAUAGGUUGCUUUACGGGUUUCGGUUUCUUUCUUCCGAUAUCACGGAUCUCAAGUGGGUCCCUUGCUGGGGCUAUAUCUUGAUAUGGCGAAAGGAUAUGCUCGCUAGCUUAUUUGGGGAUUUAGAAGGAAAUACAGCUCAGAUCGAUGAUGAACCGGGGUUUUUAAUACAAUUUGACCAUAUUUAUUUUGUUUUGGUUUCGAACUCAUGCUAGUAAUAUCUUAAUUUACAUUGUUUUCUUUGAAAUAUUCACGAUUUAACAAACAACAUUUUGUUUCUGUAUUAAUCAAUAAUAGCUUAUAUGAAGAAUAAUUCGCAUGGUGUGUUGAGUGUAAAAUCUUUGAGCCAAAUUUUGAAAUAAUUGUAAUAAGUGUUGGAUUGGUCCCUGGGAAUAGGGACACACAGAUCUAGGUUACUUCAGAAGUGAAGCGAAUUCGGUUUCGUUCCGUAGACGAUCUCUUGUCUCCAAUAAUCCGUGCUAAAUCGUAAGAAUCCUUUUUAAGACGGGUACGAAACAACAGCUUUCCUGAGUGGUCUUAUGUGCCCUAGUUUGAGACCACGGCCAAUUGUACAAAUUAGCGAUCAGAAACGAUUUUUAGAUUUUCAAAAGUCAGGUUCUACUCUUAUUCCUAUGUGUGUGUUUUGAUUGUGCCUGGUCUAAGUUUCGAGUAACCUGUCUAAGUAGAAUUUAUUUGGAGGAUUAAGCUCUUAAACUUGGAAGAUAUCAUCCAACAGUAAAUAAAAGAACACUUUGCUUAGUUCUCAGAGUUACUUUUCUUUAUUAUUUGAAAAGCUCUGCUAAAAAUUGAGGUCAUGAAGGAGGUUUACUUAUUAACUCCAGCAUUAUACUUUAACCUCACACGCGCACACAAAAACGCCAACAUUCUAACGACAGUGCAACAGUCGGUUUACUUACCAACAUCUCCAGCGGUGGUUGCAGCUGUAAGAUUUCAGUUCCGCUUGAACAAAAGACUCUUUUGCAUUUUGCACGUCCAAACAGACCCAUUCCUUCCCCGUUUAUCCCACUCGUGUACCUCUUCCAGCCACACCAGAAGAUGACGUUUACAGCCAAAAAGGACAUUUAGAUAUAUCCGACCGGAAUGGUUGUCUCGGGAACGGACGGUUGUUAUGCCAUUCUUCCCACUGCUGCAUCCGGGUUCAGGCUGAUCAGCCCAGCUAACGUUUGUUGGCAAGUUGGUUUUUCUUCUUUUUUUUUAUAGAUCUACCCCUUUUUUUUCUCUCGCUCCCCGUACACUCGUUUACGCUUUAAUCUGCUUAACUCGGCUCAAGCUUUUCCACCACCUUCAGCGUGAUGCGUCAUAACUGUCACGUGUUUCGUGUUUUGCAAAGCGACACGGAUUGUACGGGACAUACUGUCACGGCUUUGCCUGUUUGCUUUUUUGUUCUUGGUUUUCCUUUUUGUUCUCUUUCUAUGCAUACCGUGGGAAUGCUGUUGGCUUUGCUUGUUGGUUUUGCUCAAGUAACCAGCAGGAAAAAAAGAACCUGCCCCCUAUUUCCAUACGAUUCGGCAUUUUCUAGUGGGUGGUUUAUGUCGAGCAGCUUGUUGUGUGCCCUUUUUUAUCACAAACGGGGCUAAACUUUUCUGCGGAAGGAGCGCGGAAGAACGCGUUCCGUGAAGUAAAGGGUUUUGUUGAUGGUUUGAUUUAUUUGAAGAUUCCGGGAAGAUGCGUACAGCGCUUUGCAUACAUUCUGGCGCAGAUGUUUUCAAAUAGACGGUUGUGAUAAAAAAGGAUUGUAGCGGAAUCGUAUUAGCGGAAAGUGAAUAGUGAGCAGAAUAGAGAAAAAGUAACUCAGCCUUACCUUAUUUUGCUUAACUUUAAAUGAAAUUAUACUCAUUCGUGGUACUCGUAUCUGACGGACGCGAUACUGUCAAUGCGUCCUUCACGAACGGUACAGAAUUAGCAACCCCUUUGGGGAUGUCAAAGCCUUUGCGUUCUUAUCAUUCGGCUUCCAUUCGGUGCCCGGUCACUCUCGGGAUCCCACUGUCAAAUCCCACUUUGCGUGACGGUAACGACACGCGUGUGUGUGGUUCUCCGCCAAGGGUCAUAAAAUACGGCCCGAGAGUCACCGGGAGAGCAACAAAAAAUCGGCAAACUACCACCAGCAAAACCAACAAUUUAUGGUACAAUUUUAAACCUGACUCGUGCGUGUGCGUGUGCGUGUGUGUGUUUGUAAAAGCAGCUGGUGUAUCAGCGUGAAACCAACCCAACCAACCCCAAAUCGAGGAAGGACUGUUGCACCAUCAGAACCCACGACAAAACGCGCGUUGACAAAAGAAGUUGCAGAAGAUUAAUGCUGGAAAUAUUUUAUCAUUUCAUUUCAGCCAUUUUCGUAGUGGUGGUGGUGCUGAUGGUACAGUACAGUAGACAAAAGGCACAUGCUCCCCAUUUUAUGUGCUUCGGUGCGAUGCGAGGCAGUGGAUUUGUUCUUGGUGAUGAAUAAUUUUUACGCCAUCGCUGUCGACGCGAUCGCGGUGGAAAGUCGGGAAACGAGUGGGACGCGUGGGGAGUGAGAUUUUUAAACGAAAUUUUCCGGAUUUUUUUGGUAGGAAAUUCGUCCCAGUUUCCUCUAUAUGAUCCUACCCAAAGAACCAUAUGUAAAUGUAUGUGUUUUGAGGGCGCAGUGCUGUCUCCCUGCGGUAGCAACGAAAGCGUGUAACAAUAUAAUUUAGGAACAACCGAUGGUGUACCGCUGUUGGAUAGCUGCCGAACCAUAACCGAAAUAAAAGCGGAUGAUUCAUGUUCCCUUCAGUAUGGCGCACACCAAACUAGCGAAUGUAUUCCACUGGCUGGCUGGGCGGAAAAAGGAUAAUCGAAAGCUAACCGGAGAAAAUUAUUUAUUAUACCAAAAACCCGAUUUUAUCGAUGCAUGUUGAGCCACAAUGGUGGCUAGAUAAAUGGGAUGCAAGCGUUCGAUAAUGAGUGGAUAGAGUGCAGCGCUUUUUCCCCCCUAAAAUUCUCUUUCUCUCUCUCUCUCGCACACACAUACACGUGUUGCUAAAGCUUCUGAAAUUCUAAACCCUCCAAAGCUCCCCGGUCUAAUCCCUUAAAAGCGAGCAAAGUACGCACCACCUAAUCCCCAUAAUUACUGCAAAACAAUUCACCGCACGAGCCGGACUGCUGAUUCGAUUUCGAUAUGGAAGCUUAAGCUAUAAAUUGCGCUUUUCAUGUGCAAUCUGCAUCUAUCCGGGGUGGAAGAAGCUGGGACAGUGGAUGCUGUUUCCAAGUAAAAUGGGUUUAUCUUGUUGCUCGCCACAAGCGACCAGCCCUUUCUCACCGUUACAUGCUCUUUCCGUGACGGUGUACAAUGAACUCAUACUCACCACGAAUGUGGAUGUUGGAAAGGUGCUUGCCAGGUAUCACAUUUUCCAGGUCAGUAGGUUCCAGGCUGGUGUGCACCUACCUGUUCGCAUACGGUUAACACGUGGCCUACUUUUUUGUUGUUGUUGAAAAUCUUGUGAACCAAAGGAACCCGUCGCUAAGGCGUGGAGGAUAAUGGACGGUGUGCUCUAAUGUGAAAUAAAUUGCCGGUACGAGGAUUUCCACUGAGCGCAUAUUUACUACUAGCUUCUGAAGUGCUUUUAGUUUUUCCUGUUGCCUUUUUUGAUUCCAGUUCUAUCAAACCCGUUUUUGGUAAUAUUUCAAGCUGGCUUUACGCAACAGGUAAUCAAUCAUGUUACUACGCACGUAAUUGAGUCGAGUCGUUUUGAAACAACGCCUACUGGAGCAAGAGAGCAAGCUAUCAUUAGCCAAGGGUGCCUAUGGGCAUCAUUACUUUUCCCUCAAAAGCAAAAGCUCAAACGAUCAGCAUAUUUGCUUCUUCGGCGGAAGCAAUCAUUUUCCAACAAUAAAUUGUGGGAAUGGGCUUUUUUGAAACAAAAAGUUUGGGGCUAAUCAUAUUCCACUCUCGAUAACGACAUGACAGUGAGGCAGUUUUUUAACGAGAUCGGUCACGAUCGAUCGAUUAAGGUGAAUCCAUGGUUUUUGCUGCCCUGUAGUCGACAAGAAAGCAGCGGAAAUACCUAGAAUCGUUCUACAUUUAUUAAAAUAAACAAACAACGGAACGCAAUCCGAAUCGAUAAUAAUGCCGGUUUGCGCUUUUCUGUGUGUGUGUGUCGAACUUUCCGUUUUGUUUUUCUUUCGCUCCACAAUUUCUUGAUUCCACUCAGAUGCUUAUCGAAUGUGUACUCCGUACAAGCGCGCACACGAUUUCCACGAUCGUUCCCCACCGGCGCGGGCUAGCAACCGAGCAACUCAAUUUAUUUUAUUUUCAUGGCUGGUGGUUUCCAACCCAACCAUUGGCCGGAAGUCGUCCGAUCGUCGGGCUACGUGACGCUACGAAACUUCUUGAUGCACCGCACACUCCCGAUGCUCAUUCCAACGCAACGGGUCCGCUAAGACGACCGUUCAGAGGGAACAUGGUGGGGCUGGGAACGCGCUGGGAACAAAAUGGAUGUCAAUAUUUGCAUGGCCCUCCUCUUCAUAUCGAUGUUUGUUUUUAGUUUGCUUCUUUGGGUUGUUGUUUUUUUUCUGUCUCUCUUCACUUCACUACACAAAAACCGUCCAGACACCAGUACCUGCUCCUCCGGAUCUGAUCUUAUCCGCCAAAAAAAAAAGAGCUUCCAACCAUUUUCCAUCGGUUUUGAUGUUACAUCGGGCGAUGUGUACGUGUGUGUGUGUUUAUUCAUUCCGGCAGCUUGGCUCGGAUGUCGCUGAUGUGAUGUGAUGUAAUUUCCGGAUAAGGGAACUUUCCAAUUAUCGAAAAGUUAUUCCCAAAACCGACAGCCGCAUACAACUUUGCGAGAGUAUGUUUUAGAGGGUUUGGGACAAAAUGAAUCGAGCAAUGAAUGCUAAUUUUAUGUUCGAGUGGUGGUGCCCUUUUCUGAGCGGGGAUGGGGUAAGAGACCAUGUACGGAAACACCCCCAGCGUUACGGGUUUUGUGAAAUGGAAUUCGGUUUCAAAGUCAAAUUGGAGGGUAAUAAUAAUCAAAGCAAUUAUUUUAAACUAAAUUAUCGCACAGUUCCAAAGAAGCGUGGCAAAGAAAUAAUUAAAUAAAUUGAUUGCGUUUUGUGCCUAAUUUUUAAAGGAUAUUUUAUAUCGAUGAGCAAAUUAGCAAUAAUUUACCUGUCAAAGUUUCAUUGAAACGUGCCUGCAAUUAUUACUUAAAUGCACUAGACAGGUUUUAAGCUACAAUUAUUGUAGCAUUUAAAUAAAUGCUCAUGGCAUCAACCAACUACAGCUUUUUAUAAAAAUAAUUAAAAUUAUUCUAAUGGCCUGUAAUCAAAGCAGUGUUAAGGUUAAUUCAAUUUAGCUAUUUAUUAUUUGAUACAGGGUUCAGAAACAAUUUAAGCUGAUAACUCCGUUAAAUAUUAAGUGGACAAAUUCACAGAAAGAAUGGGUUCUCUUCCUGUAAGUUGUCCUUUUACUUUUGAGCAGAGUGCAAAAAGAGCUCCACCAUUGCUAGAGUAUCUAGGACUCCCUACAAAGACAGUUUGAAGUUGGUCGGCAUGUAUUUGGUAGUUUUUGAGACCAUAUUGCUUUGGUUAUUUGCUAAAAACUUAAGACACUUAAUAACCUACAAAACUAUUGAAAGGAGGCGAAGCUAUGAGCCAAACACAACAAGCUUUCAGUCCUAUGUAUGUAGAGACGGUCCAGAAGGGAUUCAAAUCCCGGUCUUGAUAUAUUUAAACUUCACGAUCAAUUUAUUCACACACUGACUACAGUGAUAAAUUUACAUGGAGUAAAUGAUAAAGGUUCAGCUUUUUGAGAACAAAAGCUUCAAACAGCAUUUAAAUUGAGAAUGAGUUCUUUAAAUUACUUCCCUAAAAUUCCCUCUAAUUGGCUUUGAUAACAAUACCAUUCCCACAGAUACAAGCUUUUCACUCUAGCAAAUCUCGGUGGAUAGCCCCUAAUUGGAAACAUCCUUUUUACAACGAACCUGAUGAAAUAGAGUACAGUUCGUAAAAUGACAACCAGUUCAGCCAUUUACUGCCUUCGGGGUGAAUUUUGGCUCAUCAAAAUCAAAUGUUUCUUUGCCGUGGUUGAAACAGAUCAGCCACAUUCCAGAGUCUUUUGAGUCCGUGUUUGGUUAUCACGAAAAUGAACAACAAAAAUAAGCAAGCUCUCUCUCACACACACUCCCUGGGGACAACAAACAUAGCUAAAGAAUCGACUGGUUCUUUCGGUCACCGGAACCUCCGCAAACUCACCCGGAAACUGAACCAGAUUAAUAUCCUCCCGCAAAACGUCAAAACCACUCACAGAACGUUGUCGUUUGGUUGCUCCAGGGCAGGUGCUUUAAUUUUGUCGGGUACCCCGGUUUUUCCCACCUCCCCUUCCCAUUUCUUAACCCCUCUCUUCUUUAAGGUUUGAAGGAAAAAGUUAAAGGAUAACGAGUCCAACACAAAACAACCAGUCAGCCAACCAAUAUGAACCAGGCAAAAUGGUGAACGAUUAACUUUCGCAGCACAAUAAUUUUCCCAAUACCGCCGUGCUUUUCCCGCAUCCCGCUCGAUGCUUGUUGUUAUCGUGUGGCGCCCGUUCGAAGCCCCGACCACACACGUUACUUGAGACGCACCGGGGUUCGGUCUGCUCCUCUACUCGCGAUUUCUCACUGCCGAUUUCCGGUUCCCGGUCCAUCCGCUCUUUGUGUGCACUAAACCCCCCGGUUCUAGGAAGCCCCGGACCGUCGAAAAGUUUUUGGCGGGAAAUACGGAAACUUUGCACAUAUUUCGCUGUGCCGACAGUAUCGUAAAUAAUUUAUAACCUGCCCUUCAAUACACACUUGCACACACACACAAACCUCCGAACCCCCCACCGGGUGGUAGAGGUUUUCUUUCGGCCACAUUUCGCUAGUGGCCCCCCUGCAGGGUGAAGUGCAAGGGAAAUUCAUUGGUAAAGCAAAAAAAAACACACACACAAUGGGAACGUCAAAACAAGGAUCCGAAUCGAGCCCAGGAAUCGACGUUACUACUGUUGCUUCGUCCUUCGACAGUAACGUAACGGUCGUGAUGAGGGUGUGUGUGUGUGUGUCAGGCUUAGAAGAUAGGAUAGGGAACAUAUUUUAUUUCCCAUCCCAUCCGAUUGCCCCCAAAAUUUCCCGAACUGUUUCAGAAUUCUAGAGGUAGUGGAAAUGACCCUCCGAAAAACAUACAAACACACAAAACAAAGGUAACAAAAUUCAUCGCUUCCUCCACGAAUUGGGGGAUUUGAUAGUUGUGGCAGCGGUCGAGCGAGCGAGAAAGAGAGAGAGCACGAUAUUAAAGGCAAUUGAAAUUUAAUCUUCAAAUUUCCCUCCUUAACAAACACCCCUAGGGAGGGUCUCUUUAAUUUUCCGCCCGCGUUUGGCUUUGCCUCUUUAAGACUGCUCUACCACGAAGCUGUCGCUUCGUUUUCCCCCCUGCAGCUUACGAAACGAAAUCAUGAUCACGUUUCGACACCAGUUCCGGGAACAAAGAGCGGGCUACCAAUAAAAACGGAAAGUGAAAAAAGAACUAUUCCGAACCCCCGGAAACGAUCCUGCUAUCGAUGAUCGUAAAAAUGGAGAACGAAUGGGAGGUUUUGUGUUGUACGGUGGGUUCCAUUAUUUCGAUUCCUACCGUCGAUUCUCCAAAAUGUUGGUGGCGAAAGGUUUGACUGCAUGUUUUGUUAGCCUGUUUCUGGCCCACUUUUGCACCAGUCGAUUGAUAUUUACCGUGAUGUAACAACGGAAAACAAACAGCCCCCGUCGGCGAGAACGAUUGGAAAAUGUGCGCUGGUUGAAUGCCUACGGAGAGAGGUUGUGGGGAGCAGCAAACGGAACAGCAUUGGGGUAGUAAAUACUAUGCUUGAGAAAAGUUUUCUCGUCCAGAAAAAACAGAUGGAAUGGGGAUGAAAACCCAAAUACAAAACAAAAAAAAUCAAUCGCCACGUUCAAAACACACUCUCGACAGCGAAUAUUUUCUCACCGUAGUUCGCUUGCCGAUGCUUGUUUUGUUCAGCGCGUCGAUGCGCGUUUUCAUGCGGGUUCGAAGCUGAUCGCUUUUCACAGUUCCAAAAAGCAAUCUUUCCCACUCCCCACCGUACGAUCCUGCACUGUGGGUCAGCCGCCGAUGAGUCUCACCCUAAACUAACAGUUUUGUUGUUCGGUUUUUGUAGGCUACCGGGGAUCGGAUUGUUUUUCUUUCCACCGCAUACUUUCAAAACAAUGUGCGUUUGGUGAGACUGAUAUGAAGGGAGUGAGUGGGAGAGAGUGGGGGCAGAAUGUGAGCGAGGUUCAAGUAACGCAAUGGAAAGGGAUAUGAAUAAAAAAGGGAACACGUGGAUCAGCGAAACUUUCAACAGCAGGCUGGCCAUAUUAUUUUGAAACGGACCAAGUAGCCAAACAGGCUGGACGGAUAUUAAUGGGUCUCGUUUGAGGGGGGGGGGGGGUUUUUGAGCUGGAAGGGAUGUUUUGUUUAUCUGAACUUUAAGAAAAUAUUCCACACACGAAAGAGUAAGGGAGAGUUGAUGCUUUUGAUUGUAGAAGAGUUUUAAUUUGUUGCUCAAAAAUAUCAUUCGUUUCAGUAGCUUAUUGGAGAAGAGCAUGAAAUGAUACUUAUUUAUAAAAACAAACAAUUUUUUUAUGUUAUUAAGAAUUGCUGGAAGCUUUUGUUUAAUUAACGUGUUCCUGCGACACAAAAUUAUGGUCUAAAGCAUCCAAUUGCCUACCUUUAGGCGUUUUGUGGUGAAUUUGGUGUACGCUUUGCAUUCUCACCACAAUCGUUGAUCCGUUUUCCAUUAUGAUAGGGGUUUCAAAAAAAUUUUUGGUAUAAGUGUUUUAAUACAUAAAACGAAGUAAAAUUUUCUUAAAGUGAGCCAUUUAGCAGACCUACCUAAGCUUAAUAUCAAAUCAAAUCUCCUCGCAAUGUUUCCAUAAUCGUUUUACCUCUAAGCUAACAGACGAAGUUAAAGUUUUUUUUUACUCUUCUUGAUAAAGAUCACUGGACUCCACAGAACCCACCUUCCAUUUCACACCACUUAGUCACAUCAAGGUCGUCCCUAACUUUCAUCGCUCCACCCCCCGUAUAAAGCACCCCGACUAUGGUGCAAACCUAGAACAAAUCAAAUCUUCUUCACCUGUAAAAUCCUGUUUCGCGGAAAUUCACUUACCGAUGGUCCGCCGGGACUGUGGACUGUCUCCGUGAGGCGGGAAUUCUCUGGCAAAAAAAAACACAGCCUAUCUGAGACAAGACGAGUGCCAGGUUUCGGGAAAGAUGACCGAAACAACAAGUGUUAGCUCCAGCCAGGGAAAAAGCUCUCCCUCUCUCUCUCUCUCUCUCUCCCUCUUGAAACAGGUGUAGCUUCCCUGGGGAGGAUUAGUUGGGAUGUUUCGCUCCCAUCGAGCCAAUAUAUAGUUAGUGAUUGGAUUGAGCAAAGAAAAAAAGGAUUUUUUGCUUCUCAGAAGAAGCUAGUCAUACCAUUUGCUUCCUGUUUUCGUGAUACAAAAAACAAAAAGCGGGAGCAAACUAUUGUACAAUUUAUCAAAUUUAUGCUACCAUGAUAUGAGUCCAAUGUGGGUCAUUAAACCAUCGUUUUGGGGUCUCUUGAAUACGAAAGACUCUUCUGACAUUUUUUCCCCCCGUACUGGGUACAAAAAAUGUCACUAACUUCAUCAAGAUUGUAUCAGCAUAAAGUGUCCCACCAUCCAUCAGCCGGGCACAAAGGUGACAAUUUCACAAGAUUACCUGGUAGCGAGAGGCGAAAAGAUACAUAUUUAAAAUAAAAGCAUAAGCUAACUGGCAUCCUUCCGUAGGAUUUUUUCAAAGGAAGGAAACCCCCGAAGACAAAAAUGCUGCCACACCUUCACGUGUGAGUCUCAUCGCAUCUUUCCCGAACCUUUGAAGAUACAAAUGAAUGUACAAAAUCAGUAAAAUCAACAUCUCAGAAGUGAGAGAAGAACGAGAAGACAAGGAAAAGGGAAACCAAAGCAAACAACCCCCAAAAAGGUUGUUGAAAAAUGCAUCCAACAUCUAACGGCCUUUAAAUCAAACGAGUCAAGCCUGCCUUGCCUUUCUUUGCACUGCUAAAAGGCGUUUGAAGUCACACAAAUUGGCCCAUCCACCGUUCCAGAUUUCACCUCACUCAAUUACUCCAUUACGGUACGCUCUAGCGUUUUAUUACACACUGGCACACUUAAGAGCAUCGCUUCCGUGAUGGUUGCCUUGCUUUACCAGCUACAAAGGUCUUUUAACGUUACAUGCGCAAUGAUUUCUGUCCUUCUUAUUAUCCUCCAGCCCGCAUCGGAAUUGCCCCCUUUUUAAAUCAUCAUUUUUCUAGAUUGGUUCAAGUUGAAUAAGCUUGCCUUAAAGUUAACUCGCUUCCACAUUUCUCAUCUUCUCCUGCGUCGUUGUGCCACCUAUUUGAAUAACAAUAAAAGCCAUCAAACAGUUAAAAUCGAACCGUUAAGCGUACUUGUAAGACAUUACAUUGAUGAGUAAUUGUUAUCGAAGAAAAGCGAUCGAAAAAGAAAGAAUUGAGUAGGGAAACCCAGUUAAGGUUAAGUUUGCCUUUCGUUUAGAAUUUAUUCUUCUUAUCACAACAAGCUCCUUUUAGCUUAAUUUAAGUGUAUUUUAAAAGGUAUAAAAAGAAUGGAAAAACACUGAAAGAAAAAAACUACACAAACACACACUAAGAGAGAGAGAAGCAGAAAAAGAGCAGCAACACUGCUUGGUUGUUCGAAAGGAAAUCAUGUGAGCAAUAGCAACUUUGAUCGUGUAAGUAGCGUGUACUUGUAAGUCAACGACAUAUCAUACCUAGGCAGAUGUAAACGAAUGGGGUAAGAUUAGAGCGGGGAGACAGUUUAGUCCUAAGCAACUCGGUGUCUGUUCUGGUGAACGUUUAGAGCGGAAGAGAUACUAAAUGGAUUUCAAAGGUCAGCUCCGGCUAGCUGAUUAUAGUAAGUGUAAGUCGUAAAUCGUAUUGAGGCCGAGAUGACGCGUGAUCUUUGCUAGAGGGCGAGAAAAAACAAACGCAAAUCAAGCUUCUAAUUGUGUCUUCUUGUCCGAUAUGAUUUAAGCUAAUCACUAAUGGCCCAGCAAUCACAGCUGCGUUUGGUUCAAUUAUUAAUAGCUAGCCAUUACUUUUCGCACCGUUCGAAUGCUCUUUUUGUAGUACAGCAAUUCGGGGAUUUUGGGAUUAUAAGUUAUAGAAUUCCGUGAAUUUGAUAUCUUCAAACUCUAUCUCCUCUUUCCUUCCUUCAGUUGAACAAGAAAAAGUCCCUGCGGGAGGGCUAAAGAAGCGAUGUAAUCAGAGUUCCUACCAAAAUGAAUAUCGUUAGCAUUUAAGCCAGUACUGAAGCGCUUCUAUAUUUUUCGCUCUCAGUUUUUUUUGUCCUCUUAAAUGAGCUUGUUUAAAUCGAGUAAUAGCUAUAAAGUUUAGUACACAGUAUAAAAGACUCUCUGAGUUGCUUGUUUGAAUGGAUGGCUUCAUGCACGUUCCAUCGUCGCCAAAGAUAUGCAAUCUUUCUUGCAUACAAUCAACAGUAUCGGAAGAAAAAGAGAAAUAUGUUUAUUUUUAUCCAUUGUACUAUCAAACGUCCCAGAAGAAAGAGUAUUUAUAAUACAAUCUCACGCAAAAACUACACCGGCUUCUCCACAGGAAGGCUAGAGAAGCAAACAAGAAAGAGAUAGUCAGAGAAGGAAAACAAAAACAAAAAACAGAUAAGCGCUAUUUUUGGAUGUUGUAAUUAAACUGUAACUCUUCAAUAUUUCCCUUACCCUAUUCAUGUACUACUACUACUGCUACUACUACUACUAGCAAACGAUGGAAAAGCAAACAAAAAGAUAGGGGAAAAAACGCAGGCACAACAGAAAGAAAUGACAGCAAGUGAAACAAAACAAUUGGGAAAACAAUUCAAUGUCCGGAACAUUCCCUCCCAUGCAAAGCUUCUUUACUAUUAAGCUAAAGACAUCGCUUUAGAUCAGAACGUUCAUCCGAGUAUCAACUUUAAGCUUUAUUUCACUUCCGUAAAUAAAACGACGACAAAACAUAUCAAAGGGAACCCCUGUCAAAGUGAUACUACGGAACAUGAAAAUUCAAAGCAAAAAAAAACAAAGCGAAACAAAAAGAAAGGCAUAAAAAUGUAAACGAAAACAUAUCAUAACAAGAAAGAAAACAAAGAAGAAAUGGACAAAAUCAACAGACAUAUCAAAACGAAACCGAAACAAAAAGAAAAGAGGAAAACCAAAUGAUGUAGCUUUCUAUAAUGAAGAAGAAAAAAAAACGCGUGAAGGAGAUAUAUCAACAUGAAAAGAUAAAUGUAUAUAUUAUAUACACGCAUAGUAUUCCAGCGGAAAGCGUACGAUGUUUGUGUCGUGUUUAAGCAGUUUUAAGCAGUGCGCCAUGUUCGGGGGUAUGGUUAUGGGCUUUGUUAAGCCCGAUGUAUUUCAUAAGUGAAAAACAGGCAAAACCGUUAGUGUAAGAAAAUUGUUUCCCUUCCGCCCUCUCCCCACGCAGAGUGGUAGAUGCGUGUGUAAGAAAACAAAGUCCCAAAAGAAAUGCAUCACGGAGCAGUAGUUAGAAGUUAAAAGAGUAAGAAGAGUAAGAGAAGCGAAAAGAGAAGAGAAAGGAGAAGAUAGCAAAAUGGAACAUGUUAAAUGUUUUGUUGGAGUAAAAUGAAAAUUUUAAUAGCAAAACAACAAAAGAAAAGCGACAGAAUGACAAAAAGACAGUUAAAAGGACACUAGAAUAAGUUUAAGAAAAAUUGUUUAAUUUCAGUAAAACAGCAAAAGCAAAAUAAAACGAAACAAACAAUAUACAAAGCUGAAAAAAGUGUUACAAAAGCAGUAGAAAAGAGGAAGCUAAAAUUACACACACAGUUACACCAUCAGUUUCAGUUAAACCGGAUGUGAUGGGAACACACAGCAUUUGUGCAUUAAGUGAUUGACUUCAUAUUCAUAUUGAAUAUAUAGAUAUACAACGUAUUAGGGCCAAAGCAGUGCAUUUUUGCGUCACCGAACAUGAUUGGUAAAAGCGAGGAAAUUAUUUGCAAACCAAAAAAAAAAUACCCAUACGAGAACGCUGCUGAAAGGGUAGCAAAAAGCAAAAAAGAAAAACAAUGUUUGACUAAAAACAUGUAAAAAUGCAAACAAACAAACAAACAAACACACCGUUGUGUUUCAGUUCAGCAAUAAGCAGUCAGUUUUAUCCCGAUCGACGCUAGGAAUUUAAAUUACCUUACCAAUAAGAACGCAAUGGAAAAGCAAUGAAUAGCACAAUUAUAUUAAAACCAAUCGAAAACGAAUCUAACAACCAAAUGAAACGAUGGAAAGUUUAAGUGUUUAAGUUUUUAAAGUGUAAACAGCUCCCUGUUGGAUUAUUUAUUCGGUUGGAGAGCAGCUUGGUUAGCUGCUCAGCUCGAGGCAACAUUUGUAUAAAAAUCACUUUCAAAACAAAUGUGUUGCAAAUUGAGAGUCUAAAGAAGAAAGGCGGUUGAGUUGAUUUAAAAAGGAUUCAGUAAAUAGAAGAGUGUGUAUAAAUAAGUUAUCAAUUAAUUAAGAUGGCGCAUUGUACUAAAACACACAAGCGUGAAGCGUUUCAAAACCAAACUUUAAGCGUUUUCUGUUAGUUCGUCACAUCAUCAAGCUGUUGCUGCGGUAGCGGUAACGAUGGUAACGACGUACUUGUUCAAUCACUUGUUACAAUCAUCACACCUACCAGUGUAAAAAGUAGGCUGAAAAUGCGUCUCCAUACCUAUUUGCUUGUAUGUGUUGUUGGAAGACUUCAAUUAAUGGGCAAAAUAAUUUAAACCCCGGAAAAGGUCGGCUUUAUUUGAUUUGUAUUUUAAUGUGUUGAAAAGCUAUGGAAACGUUUUCACCGGACACGUGAAGCUAUUUAACGGGUGUUGUUUACGUUCAGAUGUGUUGUACCUAAUGUUGCUUUAAUGUAAAGAGUUUAAAACAAACUUGGCUAGAAAGUGAAACAAAUCAAACACAAAGCUAAGCUAUACCGCAACACAACACACUACCAUGAAGAAAAGAAAACCCGGAAGGAAAAACACGGAAAACAAAACAUAUCGACUUCUGACUGCUAUAAACCUAAGCUAAUUCUUUGUCACUUACUUACUAUUCAUUGUCGUGGAUGGAAAUAAUGGAUGAGACAAUUCGAACCAUCUAAAAUAUGGUUAAAAAAAGGACACAAAGUGUGCCAGACACGCCAGCCAUGUACAGCAGCCAUGUCAUCAAGUGUAUGAAAACGGUCAAAUGUAAAAUACAACACGCAUCCACUCAUUCCUUCGGCCAGCAUCAUGUUUGCAUCGGUGAAAAAAAUAAUGUAACAAACAGAGUGGAAACAAUAGGAAAACAUAGCCCAAACUUCAGCAAAACCCCCCAAAUCAUAUCGGAAUGCAAACGGAGAAAAAAUCACAUACAUAUCUCAUAUCUCGUCUUCGUAGUUAUGUAAAGAAUACUAACACUUAACUGCUAAACAGUGGCCAGACCGGUCGAAGGGUCAGGAAUCGAAAUCGAACGGAAUGAAUACAAUCGCAAAUGUGGCAGGAAGGAAGAAAAUUGAAAAUAAAAUAAGUCAGUAAAAGAUUGAAA